CUCAGUAUUUCCUACAGUUGGCUGAGCACCUGAAUGUAGCACGGGUGUCAGCGGCGUCUGUGUUUGCAACAUGGCGGCCCCCCUGCCCGGCAGAUGUGGCUUCUUUGUGGAGAAAAAGAAACGUUUCUGUAAAAUGAUCGUCGGCAAAGGAAAAGUGUUCUGUGGAGAACACGCGACCAUGGAGGAAGGAAGCAGCAGGAGGAUCGUGUGUCCUCUGGACCCCAAACACACUGUGAGUGAAGACAAACUGGACAAACACCUGAAGAGAUGUAACUCCAGGGACAAACCAAAACCUGUUUAUUAUGUGGAGAACAUAAACUCUGGAUCAGCUGAUGGAGACGAGACACUCCGACAGGUGAGCCUGUCUGAAUACAGCUGGACACACCUGGAGUCCCUGCUGGUCAAACUGAAGGCUGCGGUCACAGGACUGCAGUGUGAAGUGGAGGACAGUGUCCUGUCUCACCCUGUCCUCCAGGAGGAACUCGACAACCCAAACAACGGAGACUCCGCCCACAAACACCUGAAGCAGCAGUCCUCUAUCUUAGGUCACCUGGAGGCACUGGGGCUGCUGAGAAGGGGGCGGUGCUUCGUGGAGUUUGGAGCCGGUCGAGGGAAACUGUCUCACUGGAUCCAUGAAGCUCUGAAGACCCCUGACCACCUGAAGACCUGCGACGACCUGCAGCUGCUGCUGGUGGAGCGCUGCAGCACCCGCUUCAAGGUGGAUGGGAAACAUCAGGAUGCUGGAGUUCAGUUUGAGAGGCUGCAGGUCGACAUUCAACAUCUGGAUUUAAGUAAAGUCCCUCUGCUCACACUCAAGAAGUUCCCUUUGGUCGGAGUCGGGAAACACCUCUGUGGAGCAGCGACAGAUCUGGCUCUGCGCUGUUUGUUGGAAACACCAGGAUUCAAAGAGGAGACUGAACCAGCCCGAAAACGCCUCAAGACCUCAGAACCAGCUGACCCGGAACCAGCUAAUGAUCCGAAAUCAGAUGAUUCAGCAGCACUGCCAGACCCUGGUCCUGACUCUGGUCCUGGUCCAGUCCUGGGCCUGGCGGUGGCACUGUGCUGCCACCAUCGCUGUGAGUGGCGUCAUUACGUCGGUCAGCAGUUCUUCCAGCAGCGAGGACUUGGAGCUGCGGAGUUCUCAGCUUUUUGUCGGAUGUCUAGCUGGGCCACAUGUGGACUCAGACCGACCAAUCACGACCGUCCACGUCCGGAUCCGACCAAUCAGAGAGAAGACAAUGAAGAGCAUGAACCAGCAGAGGAGCUGGAUGCUGUGAAAGGGUUUCUGUCGGCGGGCGAACGCCAGCAGGUCGGUCGUCUCUGUAAACGUCUGAUUGACGGCGGCAGACUUCACUUCCUGAAGACGAAAGGACUGGACGGCAAACUGAGCGCUUACGUGAACAGUCAGGUGACUCUGGAGAACGUCUUGUUGACCGCCAUGCCCUCGUCUUCUUCCUGAAGGUCAAACCGCAGAGACGCUCACGCGGACCACCGAGGGUCCUACGAUGUGUGUUUCCAAUGAAAAUCAUCACAGACUCAAUAAACCUUCUGUAUUAAAGCUUUUCCAGACAAGUACAGUCUCUGUGUUGAAGUGAGCACGUUCACGGGAACUAAUGAGAGUCGCUGCUCAAAGUUUUCAUGUUUUAAAGAGUUCGUCUUCUCUUUGCUGCUCAGAGGUUUUACGGGCUUUUGUCUUCACUGCUUUUAAAAGCCGCUGCUGAGCUCUGACAUGGAAAAAGCCCCGAAGAACGUGAGAUUAUUUAGUCUGAGGAGUCAUCGCUGGGCUCUGAAACAUCACAACAGAAAUACAUCAGAUUAUCCACUGUGAAUACUAAUCAAUACAUCUGAUUAUCCACUGUGAAUACUAAUCAAUACAUCAGAUUAUCCACUGUGAAUACUAAUCAAUAGACUGAACUGAACGAGAAGACUUUUAGUAAAAAUCAACCAGGAGGGAAAUGUUUUUAUGAUUAUUACCAUUAGCAGCAGCAGCAGUAGUAGUAGCAGUAGCAGUAGUAGUAGCAGUAGCAGUAGUAGUAGCAGUAGCAGUAGCAGUAGUAGUAUGAAGAGGAAAUCUGUUCCUCUUCUAUCUGUUCUUGUCAAACGCUCGUUGCUCACAGCUUAUAGACACAUCUGACUUUUGAUCGAUCGACUCAUUUCACUUCAUUUUUACACGUCGGGUUUGAAAUCGCUCAUAAACAAUUUGACAUAAUUGUGAUUUUAUCAAUUGUAAAUAGAACAGAAAACAGAAAAGACAACAUUUUUUUCCUUAUUUGAAAACCUAAAGCACCACUCUCACUGAUUAUUCACCUGUAGUUCAGGUUCCUGGUCCUGAGGACUGAGCUGGACCAGCACCAGUUCAGUGAACACAGUCAGGGACUUGUAUGAUGUCAUAGGGAUGAUGUCACAGGGGUGUCAUCAGACGACAGAAGUCGAACAUACUGUCACCAGGCGGGGAGGCUCUAAUGAUGGACGGUCCAGGUGCAUUAUGGGAAAACCGAGAUCCAGUGUUUCUGGACUAAAGUCAGGAAUUGUCCACUCAGAUCUCAUGUGUCUCCCUCCGUCUGUGAAGACAGACUUCAGAGGAACACUUUAAGAACACUGAGCCUUGAAAUUAGAACAUAAUUUACAUGAUUUAAUAUUUCAGAAAUA